AGUGACGGUUAUGGUGCACAACACAAAGCCAUCAUGAAUAAGGAGGAGAAAUCGUCGCUGUCGAGUCCAACUGAACAAGAAACAACAAGGGAGUUGCAGAUAGUGGACCUCACAACAUCAUCAGUUUUCAAGUUGCCUCGUGGUUGGUCUGUCGAAGAACGUCCCCGUAUUAACUCUCAGAGCCACCCUGGCCGUGUCGACAAGUAUUACUAUGAGCCCAAAACCGGACGGAAGUUUCGUUCCUUGAUAUCUGUUCAAAAAUAUCUGAGCGGGGAAACAGAAUAUGCAAUUAUGCCUAAGAGAGUGAAGUAUGGCAAUGAAAAACAUAUGCAAAUUGUGCCCUUCAACACCAAGAAUACCUCAUCAUUUGGACUGCCCAACCAUUGGAUUGUUGAGGAAAGGCCUCGUAGGAGAGGCAGCAUCAUUGACAAGUAUUACAUUGAGACAGGGACUGGACUACGCUUCCGUUCUCGGAUAGCCCUUGAGAGAUAUCUUGCAGCAAUGAGAGAAGUUACGUCCACAAGCAAGGCAAAAUCAGAUGAUCAGUUGACUAAAGAUAUUUCUGAUGAGAACCAAACCUUGAGAAUCAUGGUGAAACACCUUCAAGAUGCAGGAAAGAUUAAAUUUAAACCCAAGGCACUAAAACUAGACAAUCAUUCUGCGCCUUCAAAGAAUUUUAGCUUUCAGGAGAAACAUAGUUCUGUCAUGGCGGUUAAUCCUUCAACAAUUGAUUUUCCCAGCCUACCAGCAAAAGUGAAAUGGGUUCUUGGUGGCCCUGGAGGAAAUAUGUGGAAUCCUUUUGUGGGUGAAUCUAUGGUCCCAGAAUCUGUGAAGCAAGAAUGGUCCGAGACAUUUGUAAACUCUAUACAGUUACUAGCCACUGAUAAUGGAGGCACAGGAAUUUAAGGCAGAUUAAAUGGUGCUGGAAACCUUAUUAGAGAUUCAGGUGAGGCCAGGUUCCAAGUUGACUACAGAUGUGAAGCAACUUGUACAGUUGUUGAUGAAGUUUUCAGGCAAAGUUCCAAAUUGGAGGUGUAGGUCCAACCUUCAGUUGCUUUUCAUAUCGAUGUAUUAGACAUGGAACUAUAUAUGAAACUUGAGGAAGGCGUUCCAUUUUGAUUUGUGAACCUGGUUUAAGGCUAUCUAAAGUUAUAUCAACCCUGCAGGAUAAUUUAAUGUGAACCUCUUAUGCUAUAAUUUGUUAUCUUCAAAACUACAUGUGAAUAAUAUUCAUAAGAAAAUACUCUCAAAUGAAUAAGCCG